AUGUGUAAACACUUCAAGAGUCUGCUCAACAUCUUGAGGCUGCUGGAGAUCAUACUGUGUACGUUAGCCUUGGUCAUCCCUAUGUUUAGGGGUAGGAUGGUGAACCCGUACGGCAUCUACUGCGAGUUCAUCUGGGUCUUCUGUGUCAUUAUGGCUGUGGUCCUACUGGUGUCCGAGAUCAUGCUAUUGCACAUCCUCCUGCCCAACUGGGACGACCUUGUUUGCGGUCUGACCAUGCUGUGCACGCUCAUGGUCGCCGCCGCCACGCUCAUUUUCGCCAUCGUCUUUGGCUGCCUGUCGUGUAUCAGCAGUGUCUUCUGCAUCAUCUUCUCAUUGGCCGCUACCGUGGUCUUCCUUGUAGACAGUGUCAAGAGAAAAAUGAAGUGUCCAAAGGGCUAUCUAUCAAACCUAAGGGGUAUUCUGAGAUUCACAGAGGCCGUCCUGGCUUGCAUCAUCCUCGCCGGCGCCACCAACUACUUCCUGGGUGUGGAAAAAGAAUUCCGCCCACCAGCCAUGAUGUGGUGCAUUGUAGUCUAUGUAGUCUGUCUCCCUGUGACCGUUCUCAUCAUACCCAUCCAUCUGUGCAGUCUACUUGAAUGCCUCAUCUCCUGUAUUGGGAUGGAUCUGUUGGAGUUGGUGUUUAACAUAGUGGCUGUGGUGUUGUACCUGUCUGCUGUCAUCCUCUGGCCUGUCUUUGGUUACAAGCACUACCGUGAGUACAAUCCACCAAACUGUGACUACUGUCGCCAUAACGACCUGGAUGUGGUAACUGUGGGGACCAUUGCCAAUCUCAUCCUCUACGUCGUGGACUUGGUUUUCACCAUCUUGGCUCGACUGAAAUCCUAA